GAUUAGCUCAAAGUUGAUUUACAGAUUUCUAAAGUGUGUGUUUAAUUUUAUUAUAUUUUAGGAAGUAAGAUAUAAAAAAAGUCGGAAUUUUUUUAGCCAAUGGCAGACGAUGCGAACGAAGACAGUUGGUUGUACGGUACAUCGAAUCCAGAUUCCACAACAAAUGAAGAGGGGGGUGCCGAUGAAGACACCGGGUUAGAGAAAGAGCAAUUGCAGUUGUCGGAAAAAGCGGAAAACGAAGCCCUCGCGGCAGUCACACAAGGAGAUGAUGUCAACAGUAUACAAAACAAAGAUGACGAACCUGCCGGCGAUGCUGAGGAGCUGGUGGAAUUUGAAGAUCCGGCACAUGAAAUGGAAGAGGAAGAGAACGAUACUGCUGAUACAACUGAGAAUGAGCCAGGGGAGCAGGGCGAAAGUAGAACUGGAGAUGAUUCGGAACAAGAUCCUGAUGAUGACGACGACGAUGACUCGGACGACGACAUAAAUGUUGUUAUUGGAGAUAUUAAAGCAGCCCCCAGUACGUACAAUAUCAAGCAACGUUCAAAUUUAUUAGCUACUGCUAGUGGCCAGGAGAAAGCAAAAACAGCCGCCCAAGUAGGGAAGUUUUCCAUAGAGGAUUUUGAGGGGGUUGGUUCUAUAAACGGUGUCGCAGCGCAUGAGUUUAGUAUUGACUCAUUGGAAGAUAAACCAUGGCGAAAACCUGGUGCAGAUAUAACGGAUUACUUCAACUAUGGCUUUAAUGAGGAGACCUGGCGGGCUUAUUGCGAACGUCAGAAAAGAUUUCGUGUUGUUGAGAGUGGUGUUGGUUUGGCGAGUUUGACACAGAAUCUGAAUCCGCCAGGCGAAAAGAUUGGAGAUGGCAAUGCGUCCAUGGGCCAGCCAAUGGGUUUGAUGCCGCCGGGUCAUACGCCUCCAGGCCAUAUGGGCGAACAAAUGAUGCCUCCUCCGGGCAUGAUGCCACCACCGGGAUCCCACCAGGGCCCACCCCCUAGAUUUGGCAUGCCUAGAGGACCAAGACCUAUUUUGCCCAUACCAGGUGCUAAGGAAAAUGCCAUACAGGUUAUGACUGCUGAAUGUAGAGAAUAUUCUCGACCGGGACAAAUGCCACCAAAUUUCGGAGGUCCAGGUGGUGCUGAAGAAGCAUUUUUCCAUGAGCCAGAACCUUUUGAUUAUGGAUAUGAGCCCACGCAGGAUUCACAAUGGGGUAGAGAAAAUCCCAAUUGGGUUCCAACUGGUAUAAAAGAAUUGACGCCUGGGCCGAAUCCUUCUCCAUCACCACAAAUAUCGGGUCCUCCAGGCAUGAUGCCAAAUCAAAUGGGCAUACCCCCGCCACAGAUGUCAGGGCCACCGCCUCAAAUGCGACACCCGCAUCCUCAACAAGCGAUGGGUAAUAUGCCUCCUCCUAAUAUUGGUAUGGUACCCCCACCCAUGGGCAUGAUGAUGGGACCUGGUGGUCCUCCAAUGCGCAUGCCAAUGGGCCCACCUAGAAUGAUGGGUCCCAAUGGGCCACCUUCAGAUAGAAUGGAUGACGAAAGGGAAAGGAGGCGGCGCGAAAGAGAAUGGGAGCGUGAACGGGAUAGGGACAGAGAUAGAGAAAGAUCACGAAGAGAGCGGUCGCGAAGUCGAGAAAAAUCACGACGUCGAUCCAAAUCUCGUGAAAAGGAAAGGGAUAAGGACCGCGAAAAAAGGGAUCGAGAAAGAGACAGAGAUCGAAGCGAAAAGGAAGGGGAAACUACUGAACGUUCCGACGAAGAACGCGAAAGAAGAAGACGUGAUCGUGACCGAGAUCGUGAAAGAUCCCGGCGUGAACGCUCAAGAAGCAGAGAGAAAUCCCGUCGACGCUCCAAAUCUCGUGAGAAAGAUCGCGAACGUUCCAAAAAGUCUAGUACAACAACUGCGACGUCAUCAAGUCGCACUGAAAAGAAGUCCCAUCGCAAGGAAGAAGAAGAAUGAAAAUAUCCUGUAAUAUGGAAUAAACUUCUAACUAUGUUAGAAAAAUAUAA